AUUUGAACUCUGAUAAGUAGAUAACACAAGCUGUUGGAUACACCACAAACACCACAGAAUAUGCUGGAUCCUUGUAAUUGAGAGAGAGAGAGAGAGUCCUUCAAGAGAGAGAGAGAGUCCUUCAACGCAUGGAAUCUUCCUCCAACAAUGAGAGUUGUGAUACCUCUGAAACAACUUGUAAUGGGAAAGUUGACCUUGAGGAAGCGUAUCCUCCAAAAUCGGAAGGGACUGUGUCAAUUAUAAGCAGAGGUAAUGGUUUACUGUGCCCCGAAGAUUUUGGGCUUUUCCAAUAUGAAGGCUUUUGGUAUCAUAGUUUCUACUUAGAAGGUGUCAAAUUAGCUCAAGAGCAAUUCAAACCACAAUCUACUGAUAUUUUCCUCUGCAGCGCUCCAAAAUCCGGUACCACGUGGCUCAAAGCCCUAGCUUUUUCCAUUGUCACCCGAACUGAGUUCGACUUCUCCACAAACCCUUUGCUUGUCAAAGUGCCUCAUGAUUGUGUUCCAAUGUUGGAGGUAGACAUUGUAAAAAACAUGUCCGAUCGGAACCUGGAAUUUCCCCUUCUCUCCACACACAUGCCAUAUUCUUCAUUGCCUAAUUCUAUUAUAGAUUCGGGUUGUAGAGUUGUGUAUAUCUGCAGGGAUCCAAAGGAUGUAUUUGUCUCCUUUUGGCAUUUCAUAUGCAAGGCGAGACCUGAAAUUGGAUUUCUACCUAUGGAAGUAAUAUUUGAGCUGUUUUGUCAAGGGGUCUCUUACUAUGGACCCUAUUGGGACCAUGUUUUAGGGUACUGGAAAGCAAGCUUGGAACAACCCGAGCGGGUUUUGUUCCUGAAAUAUGAAGAUAUGAAGAGAGAGACCUCGGUUCUUGUGAAGCGAUUGGCAGAAUUCAUCGGCCACCCUUUCUCCAUGGCGGAGGAGACAGAAGGAGUGGUGGAGAGAGUGAUGGACUUGUGUAGUUUUGAAAAUUUGAGCAAUUUGGAGGUGAACAAGAGUGGGAGGCAUCGCGUGGACACUCUGGUGGCAAUUGAAAACAACACGUAUUUUAGGAGAGGGAAGGUCGGAGAUUGGAAGAAUCAUCUGACAGCUGAGAUGGUGCAGCGUAUGGACCGGAUCACAGAGCAAAAGCUUGGUAGCUGUGGUUUGAUGUUUGGUGGUGAUUCGAAACCGUGAAAUGUCCAGAUGAAUCGCUUGAAGGUGGUUUGCUUAGUUACAGAUCACUGGUUCGACAAAUAAAUGGCUUUGGUUCAUAUUCUGCUCUUGCAUUUCAUUUUAUUGUAUUCAUGCGAUCAUUCUUGUUUUGCUUUUCCAUUGUUUUGAUGAAUAAAUUUGCACGUUAAAUA